UGGCUGAUACAGUUCUACCACAGGAAACAUCAGAGUUAAGGAGGCCCUUCACACAGAUGUCUCUGUAGCUGUUUAAUGACAGUUUUUCUGUUUUUCCUUCCUGGGCUAUUUUCACUCCUCAAAAUUCCUGUUGUGUUAGAACAGUCAGGCUAGCAUGCCCUUGAGUAACGAACUCCACAUCUGAGUCCUAAGAGCAAAUUCCACUUACCAACUGCCCCUUCCACAGUUCUAGCCCUAAGAUUACCUUUUGAUAAGCUUCUCCACUCUGUCUUCCUGUCUCACACCUCAUCUCUCCUGUCCCCUGAAGCUUCACUCGAAUGGAUUGUGGUCACCCGGAGCAUUCAGCGACCGAACAAACUCACCCGCCAACAGGAAGGUCCCACACCCAGGGCUACUUACCCCUUCCAGACCCUUCCUGAGGAAAGCAAGUUUCCUUCCAUGUGGCAGGAGUCAAUUUUACAUUUGUUUGGCCUUGUGACUGAUAGGAUGGCAGUUUGGGGGAAGCAGAGAGGAGAUGGCAGUUUUAAGGGAGAAAAAACAUUUAGUAGAAAUGAUCCCUCUGCCUUCUUCGGGUGUGUCCCUCCUCUGGGCAUCUCUUCAGGAUUUCAUUGCUGUCCAACUGCCGUUCACACACUGCCCUUUCCAACCGCUCCAGAACUCUUGGCCCUGGCAUUCCGUGAUGUAAGUUAUUCCACGCAUGGCUCGAAAUGGGUGUGAAGCAGUGUUGCCAGGUGUCGGCUCACUAGUUUGUCAUGGAUGAUGAUGAUGACUCGUGUCUCCUUGAUCUUAUUGGAGACCCACAAGCAUUGAACUAUUUUCUACAUGGACCUAGUAAUAAAUCUAGCAAUGAUGACUUGACUAAUGCAGGAUAUUCUGCAGCCAAUUCAAAUUCAAUUUUCGCCAACUCUAGUAAUGCUGACCCUAAGUCAUCCCUCAAAGCUGUGAGCAGCCAGCUUGGAGAAGGGCCCAGUGAUGGGCUGCCGCUUUCAAGUAGCCUUCAGUUUCUUGAAGAUGAACUUGAGUCUUCUCCUCUUCCUGAUCUCAGUGAGGACCAACCUUUCGACAUUCUUCAGAAAUCCUUGCAGGAGGCCAAUAUCACUGAGCAGACGUUGGCAGAAGAGGCAUAUUUGGAUGCCAGUAUAGGUUCAAGCCAGCAGUUUGCACAAGCUCAGCUUCAUCCUUCUUCAUCAGCAUCCUUUACUCAGGCUUCUAAUGUUUCUAAUUACUCAGGUCAGACGCUGCAGCCUGUCGGGGUGACUCACGUGCCUGUGGGAGCAUCAUUUGCAAGCAAUACAGUGGGUGUGCAACAUGGCUUCAUGCACCACGUGGGGAUCAGCGUUCCCAGCCAGCAUUUGUCCAAUAGCAGUCAGCUUAGUGGUUCUGGUCAGAUACAGUUAAUUGGGUCAUUUGGUAAUCAACCUUCCAUGAUGACUAUUAAUAACUUAGAUGGAUCUCAAAUCAUAUUAAAGGGCAGCGGGCAACAAGCCUCGUCAAAUGUGAGUGGAGGGCUUCUGGUUCAUAGACAGACUCCUAAUGGCAACUCCUUGUUUGGGAACUCGAGUUCCAGUCCAGUAGCACAGCCUGUUACCGUUCCAUUUAACAGCACAAAUUUUCAGACAUCUUUACCUGUGCAUAAUAUCAUCAUACAAAGGGGUCUUGCACCAAAUUCAAAUAAAGUUCCAAUUAAUAUCCAGCCAAAACCUAUCCAGAUGGGUCAGCAAAAUACGUACAAUGUGAACAAUUUGGGAAUACAGCAGCAUCAUGUGCAACAAGGGAUCUCUUUUGCCUCUGCAAGCUCACCCCAGGGCUCAGUAGUUGGUCCGCACAUGUCUGUGAACAUAGUAAACCAACAGAACACAAGAAAACCAGUCACCUCACAGCCAGUGAGCAGCGCUGCGGGUAGUAUCGUCAUUCAUUCUCCCAUGGGCCAGCCUCACACACCCCAAAGUCAAUUCCUCGUACCUACAAGCCUUUCUGUAAGUUCCAACUCGGUACACCACGUCCAGACCAUAAAUGGGCAACUUCUUCAGACUCAACCUUCUCAGCUCAUUUCUGGCCAAGUGGCUUCAGAGCAUGUAAUGUUGAACAGAAAUUCUUCCAACAUGCUCAGGACCAACCAACCAUAUUCCGGACAGAUGCUCAACAACCAGAAUACCGCCGUCCAGUUAGUGUCUGGGCAGACGUUUGCCACCUCUGGAAGUCCAGUGAUAGUCAAUCAUGCCUCCCCUCAGAUUGUUGGUGGACAGAUGCCCUUGCAGCAGGCAUCACCAACAGUAUUACACCUAUCACCUGGGCAGAGCAGCGUCUCCCAAGGAAGACCUGGUUUUACCACCAUGCCCUCAGUGACAAGCAUGUCAGGACCUAGUCGGUUCCCUGUUAGCUCAUCCAGCACUGCCCAUCCUAGUCUUGGGUCCGCGGUUCAGUCGGGUGCAUCGGGAUCAAACUUUACAGGAGAUCAGCUGACCCAGCCAAACAGGACUCCAGUACCGGUCAGUGUGUCUCACCGUCUUCCAGUUUCUUCUUCCAAGUGUACCAGCACCUUCAGUAACACACCUGGAGCGGGAACCCAGCAACAGUUCUUCUGUCAGGCUCAGAAAAAAUGUUUGAAUCAGACUUCCCCCAUUUCUGCUUCCAAGACCCCAGACGGCCUGAGGCAAGCACAGAUUCCUGGCCUCUCGAGCUCCGCACUGCCAGGGCAGGAUUCUGGAGGCAAAGUUAUACCAGCGUCCUUAGGAACUGCACAACCACAGCAAGAGAAAGUAGUUGGAUCCUCUCCUGGCCAGCCCACUGUGCAGGUGGAUGGUCAUCUGGGAGGACAAAAGAGGCCUGCUACAAAACAACUAACGAAAGGAGCUUUCAUUCUCCAGCAGUUACAGAGGGACCAAGCCCACGCGGUGACGCCCGAUAAAAGUCAGUUCCGGUCACUCAGUGACGCGGUGCAGAGGCUGCUCUCCUACCACGUGUGCCAGGGCUCCAUGCCCACUGAGGAGGACUUGAGGAAAGUUGACAAUGAAUUCGAAACAGUUGCCACUCAGCUCCUGAAAAGGACCCAAGCUAUGCUCAACAAGUACCGAUGCCUGCUCCUGGAAGAUGCCAUGCGGAUUAAUCCCUCUGCUGAGAUGGUGAUGAUUGACAGAAUGUUCAACCAGGAGGAGAGAGCGUCCCUGUCCCGGGACAAGCGUCUGGCACUUGUGGACCCUGAGGGUUUUCAGGCUGAUUUCUGUUGUUCCUUCAAACCUGAUGAAGCUGCCCAGGAGCCGCAGCUUGGCAAGAGCGAGCAGCAUGGCAGCAAAGCAGCCAGCUCCCUCCACCUGCCGGCCAAGGCCCCAAGCAGAGACCGAGCCAAACCCGGCACAGCAGAGCCAGUGAAUCAUGACCAGUUUCAUCUAGUGCCUAAUCACGUCGUGGUCUCCGCGGAAGGAAACAUUUCUAAAAAAACGGAAUGCCUGGGCAGAGCCCUGAAGUGUGACAGGGUGGGCAUGCCCCCGUUCCCGGGCGCGGCGGCGGAGAAAACCAGCCUGAGGGACUCGGCGCAGGGCAGCCAGUGCGCGGCCGGCCCCGACGGGCCCCGCAAAGCCGCGUCCCGCCCGGAUCGCGGCGCGGAGAGCAAACUCCCCGGCGGCCUCGGCGACCCCCACCUGGAGAUGACGUGCAACAAUUCCUUCCAGGACAAGACUCUGAGGAAUUCUCCAAAGAAUGAAGUUUUACACACAGACAUCAUGAAGGGGUCAGGUGAGCCCCAGCCGGACCUCCAGCUCACCAAGAGCUUGGAAACAACGUUUAAGAACAUCUUGGAACUCAAAAAGGCGGGGCGGCAGACCCCGAGUGACCCCGCCAUGAGCGGCUCUGUUGAGCUAGAUUUCCCCAACUUCUCUCCAAUGGCUUCGCAGGAAAACUGCCUGGAAAAGUUCAUCCCGGACCACAGCGAAGGCGUUGUAGAAACUGACUCCAUUUUAGAAGCAGCUGUAAAUAGUAUCCUAGAGUGUUAAUAGCAGCAGUCCUCCCUUCCCCUCGCCCAGACCGCCCCGGACAAGCUACAGUCUUUCCUGGCGAAAGCGAAUGGAACGUCUCCUGUCUCCAGCCUGCUUGGUCUUUCAUCACAGGUUAUUCUUUCCAAUCUCAGUCCUGGUCUCUGUUUAAGAGCAAUACUCGUCUGGUUACAGGGAGAUCCUUUAGUAAAGUUAAUCCUUGUUCGAAAGCAGUCUGAGAGGCCCUACACAUUUCAAGUGUUCUGAAAGUGCUUUUAGUCUUUUUGUUUGUUUGUUUACUUGUUUUAUUUUUUUUUAAAUACUGUAACUCAAUGAGAUCAUAGUACACUUGGCCCUGAGUAAAUUCUGACAAUCAUAAGUCAUUUGAAAAGAACAGACUUAUUAAAGAAAAUCAAACAGGACUGAUAGAAGCUACUUUUUUAAAGAAUAUCCCAUUGUAUCUCCAAAUUUUAGCUUUUUGGGUUUUUUGUUGUUGGAGGGGAGACCCAUGGUUGCCCCCCAGCCGUCUCCGAGCAGUAGUUGCAGGCGCUGGGCGGGACCCCACAGCCCUGAGGUGGCAGCUGGAGCAGGAGCAGGGCUUCCCUGUUCAUUGUUCACGUGCUUUUCCCACGCUCCUGGAGCAGAGCCUCACGCGUGUCAGCGUGUGCUGGGCCCCAUCCAGUGCUCUGCUCCCCGGAGCAACAGCACGGCCUGAGGUCCCUGCACCAGGCCAAAGAAGGAAGAUGGAAACCAGCUGAGUGCGCAGUGGACAGGGGAGGCCGGGGUGGCGCCAUGCGGAAUGUAAUAUGUAUAUAUGUAAAAGCAUAUAUAUGUUAACUAUUGAGAAAAAAAAACAAGCGUUUUGCAUUUUAUGAUUGGAUAUAGUCAACAUGUGAUGUACGUUUUUGUUUGUUGCUGGAUUUUGUUUCAUUUAACCGCUCUUUGCACCCUCUCCCACAACAAAUAGUCAGGCGUCAAAAGCACUUUCAUUUGAAAACUAUGUUGUAAUUUUUCAGUUUAAAACUUAAGGGGACUUUGGCCUCGUUCAUGCUUCUUGUCUGAAAGCAGUAGGCACCCCUGGCAGCAAUCAUUACCAAAACACAGACAAACCAAAGGCAGCCGGCCAGCCCACCGUGGGAUGAAGAGAUCUGAGACGGGGGACUCCCACUCGAGAGCCAAAGGACAUGCCCUGUCAUGGUUUGUGUUUGGCCUAUGUUCAUAUUAGUGAACAUGACUUAUUGCUUUAUUUAUUUAUAUUUCUUUUCAGGGAACUUUCCCCGUUUUCCUUUCUUCUGUACCUGUCCCAGGUCAUCCUAUUUCUCUUAUUACUUCCAUUCUCAAUGUCAUUGUAACCAUCAGUUAUGUCCUGUCCUUGGGAAAGCUACAUUACGGUAUUUGCUGUGUACUAUCACACACGUAUGUGUGAAUGUGCCUGAGCUGUUCGAUCCAGAGGUCAUUGUAGUUGCAGCGAGUCCCCGCGCUCCCUCCUGUGUGUGUGCACGCUCUCGGUUAUCGUGUGUGUCUCUGGCUUCAGAGACCCCUGGUCUCCCACUCUGGUGCACCCACUGGUCUCCACUCUGACACGUUGCCAGGACCUGCUUCUGGCUGUCCCCAGAAUGGGGAUGACUCCCAUUGCCAUCAUGUUGGACAUUUCCUUUCCAGGUUUCCCUGUGCUGGAAAGGAAGGCUUCUGGUAACUAGAAAACACAGCAACAGAAGACCUAUCUCCCUGCCCCUUUGUCCCACCAACAAGCCCUGUGAGACAGCCAGUCCUCAGAAAAGCAGAGUACCUUCUCCCCACGCCCACUCCCCAGCCAACAGAAACUGGAAAAUCUGGGCCAUUUUAGGGUUACCAUUUUUUCCUUAUUUGUGCCAAUGUCCAAGUUGCAGAUUUCCCCUUUUUCCUUUAUUGUAACAUAUUAGAAAGAUAAGUUGAUGUUGCCAGUUGAAACUUUCUGUUUGGGCAGCCCUGGGGUAGCACCCUGCCCUGGACCCCAUGAUUUCACAGGCUCUUCUUCCCUUAGGGCUCAUGCUCCCCUAAUUCCUAGCAAGACUUAAAGAUGGUCCCUCCUGAUCAAAUUCUCCUCAUUGUGGAAC